AUGCGUGCGAGCGUAAUUGAUAUUUUCUCGAAUGCUCGAUGGCAACAAAAUGGUGUCAUUGUCGCUGGAGGAAAUGGACAAGGAAGUGCAAUAAAUCAACUCUCAGUCCCAUACAGUUCGUAUGUUGACGAUUGUCAAACUGCCUAUGUCGCUGAGUAUUUUAAUCACCGUAUUGUGGAGUGGAAAUCGGGUGCGACGAGUGGCCAAGUGAUUGCCGGUGGAAAUGGACCAGGAAAUGGGGCUAAUCAAUUGUCUCAUCCAUUAGAUGUGAUUGUCGACAAAGAGAGAAAUAGUCUCAUUAUUUGCGAUCAUGCAAAUUUAAGAGUGGUUCGAUGGCCUCGCCAAAAUGGGAGAAGCGGAGAAACGAUCGUCUCCAACAACCACUGUGCGGGUUUGACAAUAGACGAGAAUGGAUCUCUCUAUGUCGUUAACUAUGGACAACAUGAAGUAAGACGAUAUCGAAUGGGAAAAUCUCAGGGAACAGUGGUUGCAGGUGGCGAUGGAAAUGGAAACCGCCUCAAUCAACUCACUUACCCGCAUUACGUAUUCGUCGAUCCAGAUCAUUCAGUAUACGUGUCGGACAAUGAAAAUCAUCGUGUGAUGAAAUGGAUGGAUGGUGCAAAACAGGGCAUUGUCGUGGCUGGUGGUCAAGGACGCUGGAGUAGUUUUACACAAUUGUCAUAUCCUUAUGGAGUCGUUGUCGAUCAAUUGGGCACUGUCUAUGUGGCUGACCAAGGGAAUGCUCGAAUCAUGCGUUGGCUCAAAGGAGCCACACAAGGAAGUGUCAUUGUUGGUGGAAACGGUGGAGGAGUACAAUCAAACCAACUGAAUCGAUCCAGCGGUUUAUUAUUCGAUCGACACGGUAAUUUCUAUGUCGUUGAGCAGGGAAACCAUCGUGUACAAAAAUUCAAUCUAGAAUCCAACAACAAUUGA